AUGCAAUUUCUCAACGCGUGGAAAAUGACCCACUCAAGUGUCGCAUAUUCUCUUACACCAUCAAUCCAGUUCAGUGACGAUGAAGACAGUGGUCAACUAAGUGAUAUUGAAGUUAUUGAUGGCUAUUCAACGUCGUCGUCAUCUGUUGAUAGUGAUGAAGAUGAGCAAAUGUUAAAUGAAUUAUUGUAUAAUGUUAAAUAUGAUAGUGAUAAUCGUCCCGUUCAUGGAUAUACUCAGUAUAGUGUUAGUGAAUUAUCGAUCGAAUUACUAAACUUUUUUCAAGCAUCCAGAUUACCUGAAAACUUAAGAAAACAGUUACUAAAACUAGUCUCCAAAUACAUGCCAGUACCAAACAACAUUCCGUUCACAACAUCUGAAAUUCUUUGUAGUGUAGGACUUCAGAAAUUUUACUCAAAUGAUCGUUUGUGUUGCUUUUGCUUUGAAAAGAUAGUUAGCGGAAAAUGUGUAAACACAUCAUGUAAACAUAGUAACGAAAAAUUACUAUCGGAUGAGUCUGUGAAUUUUAUACAAUUUGAUAUGGAAUUCCAAGUUAAAGUUUUAUGUGAACAAAACAUUUUAUUGUUAAAACGUUAUCAGUCGGAGGCGAGGGAUUUAAGUAUGUCUGACAGUGCUGACAUCGUCGGAGGAGAUAUAUAUCGAAAUUUAUUACAAACUCAUGAGAGCUUUUUUUUAUCUAUAAUGUUACAUAGCGAUGGUGUACCGCUAUAUAAUUCGAAAAAUUGUAGUGGUUGGCCGAUUCUCGGUGCAGUAGUGGAACUACCACCGUAUUCAAGGACGAAAGCUGAGAAUAUACUUCUUCUCGGUCUUUGGAUUGGUCGACAGAAGCCGAAUUUUCAUAUUAUUUUUGAAAAACUUAAACCAAAUUUAUUAAAAUUAAAAACGUUCAGUGUUCAGAUUUCGAAAACCGAAUAUAUAAAAGUUCUUUUUCCGCUUCUUCUGGGUGAUAUGCCAGCACUAUCAGAAAUGGUUAAUUUUGUACUCCCAAAUGCUUAUUUUGCUUGCAUGUUUUGCACAACAAAAGGUGUUUAUUCUCAUGAUGGACACUGCAUCACGUAUCCAAAUGAUUUGAACGCUGAAGUUCGGACUCAUAAAGUAUAUGAUCGAUACGCAGAUAGUGCCAUCACUCACUCACAUAAUCGAGAUAAAACAGCCGGUAUCAAAGGCGUAUCUGCUUUUCGCCAAGUUCUUGAUGUUCCGUUACCUGAUGCGAUCGGAAUUGACGGCAUGCACACGGUUUUUUUGUGUCAUGGCAAAAAAUUAAUGAAACUCAUUCAAUCAUCCAUGACAAAAGAAGAUAUAAAUCGCGUAUCACAAAAACUUCGUCAUCUUUUGUAUAUUCACGAUAUACAAAGACGACCACGUGGCUUCGAUGCUGUCCACAAAUGGAAGGCCAGUGAAGUAAGACUAUUUAUUUUAUACAUUGGUCUUCCAUUAUUGUGUACAAUAGCACCAGAGGAGGUUGUCGGGGAUUUUGCUAUGUACGUUGUUAUACAACGUCUUUUGCAUGAUAAUUGGGUUAAAGAUCCAAACAGAGCCCGUGCUCUUUCAUCAUUAAUUAAACUCUACAUCGAAAAUUUGAAUGAUAAAAGAAAUUCAGGUGUUAUACCAGCAAAAAUGCUGACUAUAACAACUCAUACGCAUACUCAUUUGCCGUCUCAGUGUUUCAAGUUUGGACGGCUUGAUUGGUUAGAAAAUUUUAUUUUUGAAUCUUUUCUGGGUUUUUUAAAAUCUUUUGUUAAAGGCUCCGCUGGAGCAGGGGAGCAAAUAGCUUUUGGUUUUUUGUGUAAUUUUGCGUUAAAAAAACUCAAUGAAAAAGAGCGAGUUGGUUACGGUAAUUUUAUUAUAAGUGAAGAAAAAAAAUUGUAUGGUAAACUUUCCAAGUUAUAA